UCAAAUCCAAAACUUUUGAUAGCCAUCAAUAGCCAUCAAUAUGGCGGUGUGGUCGAGCUUGGGAGCCCUUCGCGAGGAGGUGGCGAAAUGGAGUGGCGAUGCACUGAAGAGCGACGUCAUUGUGGAAGGUCAAUUAAUGCAUCAACGGCGUAUCAGUCGGAGAUGCUCGUUCUUCGACUUGGCAUCGGUAGCAACGGGGUCGGAUGGUGAAAGAGAACGGAUAGAGGUGAUCCUCAAGAUCAUCGAUGGUGAACUGGCAGCGGAAGAGAUCGACACUAUCCGAUACAGAGUCAAAGUUGGGGAUAUUGUCAGCGUGCGCGGAUUCGUCGAGCGUCUUGAAGGUGGCGCCUCCAUUUUGGUACAUGCGCGCGACAUUGCCGUAGUUCGAGCGUGGAAAGAUGAACACCCUGGCAUGACAUUCCUCCCUCUUCCCACGGUUGUCACCACGACUAAACGGCAGUCAGUGGGCCAUGAAGGAAACGAUACGCGUGGCGAGAACGAUAGCACGGAGCCAACCGCUACUGGAGCUUCAGAGGAGCGAGCGCACUGCAAGUUUUGGAUCAACUCGAAGACUUGUCAGCACGGCGAUAACUGCGAGUUCUUCCACGUCAGCGAUGCCGAGCGGAAGACAGAACGUGCCAAGUGGCUGAAAGAGCGGCUGCACCUGAAACGUGUUCGAGCUCACAUCGAUGAAGAUCCUCUGGAUCCUCACGGGAAAAUUGGCAAGCAGCAGCGUGCUCAGGUGUUCGUCGAAUGGUUGGUUGAGACAUUUGGUGCAGAAUUUCUUGCAUCCGGCAAAGGAGUUGUGGACGUUGCAGGAGGAAGAGGGAGCGUGUCCUUCGAGCUGUGGAACAGGCGGCGACUUCCUUGCACACUCAUCGAACCGCGUCCGAUGAAGCUUUCCAAGCAACAGCACAAAUACCUGAAGAAACAGAAGAAGGAGCGCAAGCAAUCGAGUGAAACACAGGCUUCAUUUUCCGAGAUCCUUGUACCGCAAGUUACAGCGCUCUUCAACAUGGAUUCAUUCCUGGAGACAACGGAGAAUGUUCAGCUCGUUGAGCAAGCAUCGCUUCUCGUGGGCAUGCACCCUGAUGAGGCCACGGACUCGAUUUUUGACGUUGCUAUUAAGUUCAACAAGCCGUUCGCGGUGGUGCCCUGCUGUGUGUUUGGGCAAAAGUUCCCGGAUCGUCGACAACCGAACGGCAGCAAGGUCUUGUCGUACGAAAACCUGGUCGAGUACCUCACAGCCAAGCAUCCAGAAAUCGAGAAGGCAUUCUUACCAUUCGAUGGCAAAAACUUGGUGCUCUUCCGGCGACCACGCUUGUCCGAAUAACUGGUGAUUUGAAUACACGAAUGCUAGAAAAUGUUACUUAGUAUCACCAUUUUUUUUAAUUUGGUGUGACUACUGCUUGUCUGUGAGCUCGAUGGAGAAAAUAUGUAUUCUCUCUGGGAACACGAUAGCCCCGCUUUGUUGUCUAGUGUUGCCAUCACGAUCGUUUAGCAG